AUGCCUAGCUAUAAUUCUACCUUCUCCCCCGCGGACCUAAAGUGGCACAACACCCUUCCAGAAGACUUUACCGGUGGCCCAAAAUCCACAGUGGCCCGUACCCGUUCGCCCGCCAACGCUGACAAUCUUCGAAAGCGUCCAUCUGGCAAUUUUGAGAACAUUGAUGCCAUCCUCCAAUCCCAUGUUCAUCACACUGCUACCUCACCAACGCUUCUUUCCCCUCUCCCACCAACUCAUCGGUUAGGCUCCAGUCCGCUGCCAUCCCCAAUCAAAAGGUCUAGAGCAUUACAACGCAAUACACCUGCCAAAACUCCCACUAGGAGUAAAUCAUCAAACUGCCUGACUGGCUCAGGUUCGGGCAUGCAAACACCUCCCCCAAGUAGCACUGCAACCGCAAGAAAACGUGGAAGGCCGUCAAAGAAAUUGUAUCCAGUAUUACCAUCAGCAAACAAUAUCAAUACCAGAGACUCCCUAGAACAAUCACCCCCACAAGCAAGCCCUACAAAAUUGCAGAAAUUGAACGGGAGCCAGAGCUGCCAUAAUUUGGGUCUACAACUAGACCCACAAAGUAAAUUCAAUUUCCAGCAUUUUGACUCUGGUAUCUUAAUGCCGUCAGAUGAACUGCCUCCCCAUUUCUACCAAAAAUGCAAUGAUAAUCUCUGGGGUGACGGCGGGGACUUUGACUUCAUCGCGGGGUUAACGACGGCCAACUCUAAUGGGCUGGAACACUCUGCAAGCUUUGAUUGGUCUUCCCUCCGGAACAACGCAUCACUCGACAACCUCAACCACGCUCUUCCAGCCGAUAUAUUCGCACCCACCCCAGAACUUCGGCGACAACCAAGUCAGUCCUCACUGUUGACGGAUGAGGGCAAGUCGUCGGCAGAUAAUCCCACGUUCUCAUUCUCUCAAUUUGAUGAUCCUUAUGGUCUGGAAAUGCCACUUGACGUUGACCCGAAUUUAUUGUUUUCUAGCACGAGCAAUAGUGCAGCAAGCAGCAUGAUUGGUGGAUUCAGAGAGGAGUUUAAGCCGUUUCCGUUCGUGCAGCAGCAGCAACCUUAUCAGCCAUAUCAGCACCAGCAUUUGCAACAACUACGAGAGCAAGAGUUGGAGAUGCAGAAGCAGAAGCAACUACAGGAAAGGAUUUUAAAAGAGCGAUCGAGGCGGGAGCGUACGAUUGCUGCAUCCGGUGGCCGUCAUUCAAGACACUCGGGCAUCUUGAAGCACAGCAUGAGUGAUGGAAUUCUCACUGGUUCUGGUGAGAGACAGGUCUGCAAAGCUGCUAAUUUCAAUGCCGCUGUUCUCAAAAGAAGCUGCAGCAAUGUUGGGCGAAGAGGCGAAACGGUACUAGUUGAUCGUAGUUAUACGCCCAAUCCUUCACAAAGAGCUUAUAACCCCACCCAUCCAUCGGGGCUACGGCGAUCAACAUUAAAGAUUCAAGAAAAGCCUUCCAGAACUAGGACUGAAGUUUUUCUCGCAAUUUCACCGGGGGGUCGAGCCAAAACGGAGACAAAAAUUGUAUAUGAUAACUCGGAUGUCGAUAUUGAUAUCGAAGAGCCUAUAAUGUGGGAUUCGCCACAAGAGAGUGAUUCCUCUUUUGAUGAUGAUGUGCCUCGAGGGCUUGGGCCGGAUGGUAUAGAUUACGCAUUAUUUCGGCAGCGUAAGGCUGCAGACCCAUUUCAAGGGGCAAGGCAAGGACCUUUACAUACAUUGAUUGUUCCUUCAUAUGACAAUCAAAACCAACCACCACGACCACAACCGCCAAGGACACCCACUCGAAGAUCUCCACUCAAGAUGCCGCUGUCUGGAAGCCAUAGAAAAAUGAAUGGCUUUUCUUCUGGUACCACUGCCGGCACCAAUUCUUUAAGCGGAAGACUAGAUUCUUCGCCGAGAUUGCCAACUCCGUUAAGGUCCAGCCCCCCUCCGACUGUUGAUCGCCGUGUGAGGGAAAGGGUUAGAAGAGCAAGCCAUUCCAGUUUGACCCCUUCACUGUCAAUAUCGGCCAUCGGGACUCCAAGAUUGGGGAGCAUGCAGGAGGUUAGCGACGAAUCAGAGGCUGAAACUGUGGUUGAUGGGACUGAUAUCUGCAUUCUUGAUGAAGAGGAGAAUGGAGAUGCGAUGCAUGCUUUGAGGAAGGUCAUGAUUGCACGGCGAAAUGGCGAAGCUAGCAGAGUCGCAUCCCUGCAAUGCACACCCACCAAGACGCAUCCUGCUAGUGCCGUCAAACCACAGGCAUUCUCAACCGGUAGCAGCGUCGGCACUUGUUCGAGCGGUCGCCACAACCAAAUGCAUCCACAACUUCUAAGAGCUUCACCGGUUAAAAAAAAGCUUUUUGAAGAACAAAUUCUUCGGAGUGUUGAUCGGCAACGCAAUGGAUAUGAGCGUCAAAUGACAGAUGACACUCCAACUACCCCGAGCAAACGUCGGACUAGAGCAAUGGAAAGAAAGGAAAUGCAGGAAAAUCUAAAAGGUGCGACGAGAUGUAUCUGCGGGGAUGCCGGCGAUUCUGGAGGAAAGACCUUGGUCCAGUGUGAUACAUGUCAUCAUUCGUUGCACAUGAAGUGCGUUGGAUACAACCGCAAAUCUCUACCCGAUUUUUUCGAAUGCAACUUCUGUAAAAAGGAGGUAGUUGAGCAAGAAAACAUACCGAAAUACAGAGGGAGGACUAGGUCGAGACGUGCGAUUGGGGCGGGAUCAGAUGACGAAAAUAGCAUCAUCUCCUCGCUGAUGAGAAAUGGGAGAUGA